CGGGACGAGCUCAUUCACAGGCACGGACGUGUGACCGCUCGCUCAAUUAAAAACAAUAUAUUGCGCGUACUUAUUUCAUUCAACCUAUUACUCUUUUACAUUUAAAAACAAAUUAAGCGCGUGCUUACUGUAUAAGUUUGACAACUUCGCCUGCUCAGCGUCGCCCCCCCCCCUCCCUUCCCCCCCGCUAUAAGUGGUCGUGGCCGAGAGGCGCGAAACUUGGGUCCCGCGUGGCUCUGCACCACCACGCGUCCCCCUCAACAACAUCAUCUACAACAACAACAUCAUCAUCAUCAACAACAUCAUCAUCAUCAUCACCACCACCACCGCCGCCAUCAUCAUUAUCACCAUCAGCAACAGCAUCGACACCAUCGCCACUUUCAGAGUCAACGAAAUCUUCACCGGCAUCCCGCAGCACCAUCACCAACUGCAGCAGCAGCAGCAUCAACAACAUCUUCAUCAGCAGCAGCAACAACAUCAUCAUCAGCAGCAGCAUCAGCGGCGCUUCAAGAGCUACGUCACGUUUCGCGCUCUCUGCAGCAUCGGCGGUGGUGGAGGCGGAGGAGGAGGAGGAGAGGGGGGGAGCGACUCAAGCCGGGGGGGUCCCAACUUAGACUCCUCGGCGACUCUCGAAACCCUUCCAACCACGGCUCCCGAGUCGCCGUGCUCCACCAUGUCGGCCGACUACAAACCCGGGGACCUCAUCUUCGCCAAGAUGAAGGGAUACCCGCACUGGCCGGCCAGGGUAAACCAUCUUCCGGAGGGCGCGGGCAAGGCGCCGGCUCACAAGCUCCCCAUCUUCUUCUUCGGCACUCACGAGACGGGCUUCCUGUGCAGCAAGGACGUGUUCCCGUACCGCAAGCACAAGCUCAAGUACGCGGUGCCCUGCAAGCGCAAGGGCUUCAACGAGGGCCUGUGGGAGAUCGAGAAUAAUCCCAUGGUGCAGUUCAGGACCCCCGCGCAACAGGACUCUGCGGACGCGGCCCGCGGGGCCAUGGAGGAAACCAAGAAGGAAAACAAAGGGGGCAGCAGCACCGACGAGGAGAAGGAAGAGGAGGUGGACGAGGAGGAGGAGGGGAGGCUCGUGAUAGAUGAGGGGAGGCCGGGCGGACGGCGCAAGCGGAGCCCGCAAGCCGCGACGGUAGGGAGGCGAGCGGCGCAUAAGGCCGGAGCGGGUGCCAAGGUCGAGGCGGGGGGCGGCUCGGGGUCAGAGGUCACCGAGGACAAAAUUCCAGCGACGCCGCCCACGCAGCCCCAGGACUCUCUGCAGAGGAAGCGGAGGAAGAGGGCCCAGGGCGAGGAGUGGCCGGCAGAUGCCCGCUCGAGAAAGAAGGGGUCGGAGGACGCAGCUGCGGCAACAGCAGCGGCAACAGCAGCAGCAGCAGCGGCAACAGCAGCAGCAGCAACAGCAGCAGCAACAGCCAGUCCUCCCAGGAAGGGCCCCAAGAAGAAAAAAGUGGAGGAGGAGGAGGUGCAGAAGGCCGUGACCAAGAAGUCUCACAAAACCAAGCAGUCCUCGGGGACCAACAGUGAGCCGAGCGGUGCCGACGAGGCGCCGCCGGAGAAGCGCCGGCGCCGGAGGCAGGCCGAGGCGGUGGUGGCGGUGGAGGUCGGCGUGGCCCGCGAGCGCCGGCGCAGGGCCGGCCGCGGCGACGGUGACGCCGCCAAGGAAGGGAGUGGCGGCAGCGCCGCCGACGGUAGCCAGGCCCGCCGCAAGGCGCGCAAGGUCGAGCGUGGCAAAGACAAGGCCCCGCAGGCCGAGGCCCCGGCGACAGGCGGCGUCCGCAAGCGCAAGCGCGGCUCCGAUUCGGAGACCACAGACGCCAAACCGGAGAAGCUGAAGCACGCAGAGAAGGGCGGCCGCAAACACGUGGAGCUGGAUCCCGACCCGGAGCCGCCAAAGAAAGGCCGCAGGGCUGAGGAGCGAGCCAAAGAGGCCAGGCUGACCGACAGCGACGCGAAGGAAUCCGCAGAGGAGCAGACGUCCCAGGACGACGAGAAAGCGGAGCUGCGAGCCGAUGCCAAGGUACAGAAGCUCGUCAACGACAUCAAGCUCGCUCUCAAGCUCAACAGCCCGGACACCAAACGGUGCCUCGAGUACUUGGAUGAGCUGAACUCGCUGCAGCUCAGCCUACAGCACCUGCAGAAGCACACGGAGGUGGUGGCCAUGCUGCGCAAGAUCCGCAACUACCGCGCCAGCGAGGACGUGAUGCACAAGGCCGCCAUGAUCUACCACAAGUUCAAGUCCAUGUUCCUGGCGGAGGAGGACGGCAGCUCCCCCAUCUACGCCCCCCACAGCCCCCCGCCACCAGCCCCAGCCCCCCCUAGCACCCCCGCCGCGGACGAGGGCCCCCACCCCACGCCCGCCAGUAACGACAAACAACAGUCGCGGCCUGCGGCGCGGGAGGCGCGGGGCGGGCGCGGCGACCGUAGAGGGAAGGGCCGGAGGGGCCACGGCAGGGCCUGGGGCGAGCGGCGGGGUCCGGCGCCCAGGGACGUCGAAAACGGAGAUGGAGCGGCGGACGGAGCGGAGGAGACGCGGCUCGGAGAGAGUGCGGUGGCGGACGAUGGCACGGGGACCCUGCCCGGGGUCAAAGACGACACGGAGGGAGGAGCGACGCAGACGCAAGCCUGAGCUGCCACCCUGACCCUUUACCCUUAACCCUGACCCCCUAACCCCACGAGAAGCACUUGCAGUUCUGCAGCACCCUGUACACUCUCACCCUACACUCAUCCUUACCGCGCACGCGAUGCCGUCACCCUUGACUCAACUUGCAGUGACACCCUCGCUCACCUUGUGGCCCCCUACACGCACGCUGAACUCACCCUCGCCCUGCACUCGUAUCCCACACACCCUGCACUCACACCCUCACCCAGCACCCUUGUAACCUCACCCUCGACGAUCUCCUGGCACUUACGCCCCGCACCCUGCACUCGCCGCACCCUCACCGUGUCCGCGCCACCUCCGGGCGCGCAUAACGAUUCCCCUGCUCGCGGCUCGCGGCUCUGACCGCACGCUCGAGGAGAAGCGACCAGCACCCUCGCGGUAACCCCUGGGGCUCUUGGGGUCGCAGGGGCCGGGAGGGGGGUGGGGAACUGCCGAACCCUACAAACGAGCUCCAGCGCGGGGACGUUGUAGCGAACGGGCCGGGUCGACGAGACAGUGAACGGAGGCCUGGAGUCAUGGGCGUACGCGGGGUCCACCGCUGUCGGGGGUGGCUUCGUUCGUCGCGUACCUUGUACCGUGCCCUGCGUGCCCCUACCCUGCGUGGCGCCACCCUGCGGCCCCCGUGACUCGACGCCGUCCACGCCGCGCCCUCCUGCUCGGUGCAGAUGGCGCGGCGUGGAAUCCGCGAGCCGCGCUGGAAAUCGCUCGGGGAAGGAAUUAUUCGCGUGACACCGACGGUGCAUAUUAGAAUAGAACAUUGGAAAUAAAUAUGCCAAAUAUAAAAGAAAAACUCGGCCGGUUGCAUAACAUGUUACGUAUUAUUGAACCUAUUUAAAUGGUAAAGGGACGUAAAUUGUAUUACCAAUGUAGCUCCAGCCCCUGACCUCACUGGAGAAAAUGAAAUGACAGGUCAUGCUGGCGUUGGUGGUGACGGUGUAGAGGAUUGCAGCAGAACCUACAUCUCUGCCUCAUAGACCUGGUCAAGGCCUAUGAUGGCAUCAAUAGAACAGGACUCUGGGUUCUUCAUGCUCUCAGGGUCCCCUGACUGCUCACAAUCAUUAAGGACCCGGGUAAAGCUGCGUGUCCGGGAGUAGGAGCCAUUCCCUAUUCAACUUGGGGUGCGACAGGGAUGUACUCUGGCCCCUGCACUAUUUAACAUAUUUUUAAACAAAGUUCGAUGAGCUUUUCAUGGCGAUACCAGAGGAAUUCGUAUCUGGCACAGAUACAAUGGGAGCCUGAUUGAUAGCCGGUGUUGUCAAGGGAUGGCUCCCUUCCGGUCAACCAUGUUAGGUACGCUUAUGAUCUGGUAAUUCCUGCUCACUCUUGAGUUGGAGACACCACUGCUGAACGUGGAACCCCCACAACUCCCCCUGAGUACUGGGGCAGUUGUGGAGAAGUGCCUGUACCUGGGCAGUGUCAUUACCAACUCUGGUUUGGCAGCAGAGGUCUCUUAAUCAGUCGAGUGGCAUUGUCUUUUCAUCAGCUCUCUGAUGCUGUGUGGAAGCUGCCUGGCCUUUCACACCAUACGAAGCUCCGUAUAUUCUUGGCCACCGUUACCCUCUCUAUGCUAGCAAAACGUGGAGCCCUUUAAAAGAACAUCUGCAGCAGUUCGAAACAUUCAGGCUGACCUGCCUUCGAUCCAUCCCGGGUUUAAACAGUCUAGAUUAUGUGAGAAGCUCACACGGAUCAUUAAACGAUCUGGACAGUCCCAUCAGCUAUUUUAGCCAAGGCUGCAUUGGCUGAGUCAUGUAGCUCACAUGCCCGGCCACUGCAUGCCCAAGCAACUUCUGUUUGGCCAGAUAGAGGGAGCUAAACAGGCACGGUUCGGGCUAGACAAGAAAUGGGCUGAUGUGGUACAGGAGGAUGUGGAGCCGACUGAACAUCUGUGAAAAAGAGCUUCCUAGCUCAUCGGAUUCCUGCAGGCUAAAGAUUCUGAUUCGGACUUGCCGAUGACCGGUACCAGCGGCGGUGUCUAGGGCGGCUCUCUGGAAGAGGCUCGUGAAGGACGCUGCUACUGGGCAGUUGGAGGCAGUUGGCCCUUCAACAACAGCAGAGGGCAAAGGAGCAACGCUUACAACAAUGAGCGGAGCGCCAGGCGGCUAAAAUGCAGUGAGGUUGCACAGUUGGGAGAACAGGUGAUGCCUAUGUCAGUCAUUUUAGUUCACCCAUAACCACCUCGGUAUGUCCUUUGAGACCACAGUGUUAUUGAUGAACGUGUUGAGUGUUAUUUGUGUUUGUGCACCACCGCCAACGCAGCAGCAUUCCCAGAUAAUUUGUGUGAUCUUGUAAUGGUUUUAUCCAAUUUCAUUGUAGGUUUUAGGCCGUGUUGGGCAUUAAGGGCGCGCGAGCUGUUUCGGGUCGUAGGAGGGUGCAGCGGCAAGCUUGUGACAUCCAUAGUUUAACUCGCACCUCGCGACGUCGGACGUGGGAUGUAUGUCUUUUAACUUCCAGGAUUGUUCAGGGCUUUGCUGAAAUCUGCAAUAGUUUUUGUGUGUGUGUGUGUUUUUAAGAGGUUUUUUUCUAAAAAAAAUAUUUUUAAUAUCGACGUCGCUUCCAAAUGACGCCCCAAGACUUGAAUGUAACGUACCGUAGAAAUUCCGUCAAACUCUGCCAAACGCCGGGACGAAGCCAUCGACUCUCGAGCCAGUUUAUUGCGACGCGUGUCCUCGCUGGGGUCACGUCUCGCCUUGCCGCCCGACACGGUUCCGCAUCGAGCGUGAGCCAAUGAGACGGUGGGGGUGGGGGGGGAUGGUGAAGGAAAGGAGGAACGGAUGGAGUCGAUUUUUUUAGAAGCAAGGCCGUAAUAUUCAAAUAUGCUCAAUGUCCCCCCCAAUAUAUUGCUAUAAAAUGGAUUUCUGUUCAUAUGAUUGUGUUUAUGGUUGUUACUUUAUUAAUCCCUAAUCUCUGCCAUUACAUACAAUGAAACAAGAAAAGGUAAAAAAA